UGUUCGCGGUGUCUAGCGUUACUGCAGUUCUGUGUCCUACGCGCUUCCCUUGUGUGGUGUAUGUUAUUGUUUUUCUUCAUAAUAUAAUUACAAAUUGUUGUGCGUUUUUCGAUCCUAUAAACUCUAUCGGAUUUUCGUUUUGUGUCGAAGUUGCCGGCUCGACUCGAGUGGCGCGCAGAGACCUUAAGAUGGGGUCUUGCGGAAAGCUUCUGCUGGCCCUUAUCUUUACGUUUGCCACAAAGGUCUUGUGUGAAGAUGAUACUACCAUGGGACCCAUGUUUAUCAAAGAACCAGAAAAUCGGGUGGAUUUUUCAAAUACUACUGGAGCUAUUGUUGAAUGUACUGCUAGGGGUAGUCCUAGACCUGAAAUUAUUUGGAUACGUGCUGAUGGUACUGCUGUUGGAGACGUACCUGGUUUACGACAAGUCAAAGGAGAUGGCAAUUUGGUAUUUCCACCUUUUCGAGCAGAAGAUUAUAAGCAAGAGGUACAUGCCCAAGUUUAUAUUUGUAUGGCUAAAAAUCGUGUUGGUGUGAUACAUUCUAGGGAUGUAAAUGUUCGAGCUGUUAUAGAAGAACCAUACAGAAGUGAAGUGAACAAUGAAUAUGUAAUACGGGGUAACUCGGUUGUAUUAAAAUGUAGCAUACCACCAUUUAUCGCAGAUUUUGUGACUAUUGUAUCUUGGCAGGAUAAUCGUGGCAAUGUAUACGAACCAUCAUUAAUCGAAGAAAACCCUGUAAACUUAUUAAAUAAUGAUGAUGGUAAAUAUUUGGUUUUACCUUCUGGAGAAUUACAUAUUCGUGACGUAACACCAGAAGAUGGAACUAAGUCUUACCAAUGCCGAACUAAACAUAGAUUAACUGGAGAAACAAGACUUAGUGCUACUAAAGGAAGAUUAGUUAUUACAGAUCCCCAAACAAGUAUUUCACCAAAAAUUAAAAAAGAAGAACUUGCCAUUUUAAUUGGAAAACCAUUUAUGAUUGAAUCUCAUGUAUCAAUGGUUUGUUCAGCUCAGGGAUUCCCUGUCCCUUAUUUUCGGUGGUACAAGUUUAUUGAAGGAUCCAACAAAAAACAAGCAGUGACAUUAGAUGAUAGAAUUAAACAAGUUUCUGGAACAUUGAUAAUACGUGAAGCUAAAGUAGAUGAUUCUGGCAAAUAUUUGUGUGUUGUAAAUAACUCUGUUGGUGGUGAAAGUGUGGAAACCGUAUUGACAGUUACAGCUCCAUUAAAUGCAAUUGUUGAACCUACCAUUCAAACAGUGGAUUUUGGAAGACCUGCUACUUUGACUUGCAAUUAUGAAGGAAAUCCAGUAAAAACCAUUUCUUGGUUGAAGGAUGGUAAACGCUUGAGUUCUCACGAUGGAAGAGUAUUAAGAAUUGAUUCCGUACGCAAGGAAGAUAAGGGAAUGUAUCAAUGUUUUGUGAGGAAUGAGCAGGAGAGUGCUCAAGGAAGUGCUGAACUUAAAUUAGGAGGAAGAUUUGAACCACCUCAUAUUAAAGAAUAUUUCAAUGAUAACACCAUGCAACCAGGAGUCUCUUUGCAUUUAAAAUGUAUUGCAUCAGGAAAUCCAACUCCUGAAAUUAACUGGGAAUUAGAUUCCAAACGCCUUAGUAGCACAGAAAGACUUCGUAUUGGACAACUUAUUACAAUGACAGGAGAAGUAGUUUCAUAUCUUAAUAUCUCUUCAGUCCACACUAAUGAUGGUGGUCACUAUAGAUGUGUAGCCGUAUCUAAAGUUGGUACUGCUGAACACACUGCACAUCUCAAUGUUUACGGUCUUCCUUUUAUUAGACCCAUGGAUAAGAAAAAUAUAGUGUCAGGAGAAAAUCUCUUUGUUACGUGUCCAGUUGCUGGAUACCCAUUAGAAUCAAUCACAUGGGAAAGAGACAAUCGACAACUUCCUAUCAACCGCAAGCAAAAAGUAUUUCCUAAUGGUACUUUAAUCAUUGAAAAUGUUGAAAGGUCUUCAGAUCAAGCUACUUAUACAUGUGUUGCUCGAAAUGCUCAAGGGCAUACUGCUAAAGGAAAUUUAGAAGUACAAGUGAUGGUACCACCAUUAAUGAAACCAUUUUCAUUCGAGGGUGAAUCGAAUGUUGGUGAAACUGCUCAGCUCACUUGUCAUGUAAUAAAGGGUGACACACCAUUAGAAAUAACAUGGGUGUUUCAAGGCCCUGAUGGUCGUAUACAACCUAUGCCACAGCCAAUAAUUGAAAAUAGAAUUGGAAAAAAAAUAACUAUGUUAGAGAUACCUACAGUAACAGAAUAUCAUCGAGGAAGCUAUUCAUGUAUAGCGACAAAUAGAGCAGGAAUCGUCAAUCAAACUGCAUUUUUGAUGGUUAAUGUUCCUCCCAGGUGGAUACUUGAACCUACGGACAAAGCCUUUGCGCAAGGAGGUGACGCAAAAAUUGAAUGUAAAGCGGAUGGAUUCCCCAAGCCCCAAGUGACAUGGAAAAAAGCUAUUGGUAAUUCUCCAGGAGAUUAUAAGGAUAUUAAGGAUUUGAAACCAGGCAGUGAUGACAUUAAAGUUGAUGAAGGAACAUUAUCUAUCCAUAACAUUCAAAAAAAUCACGAAGGUCACUAUUUGUGUGAAGCUGUUAACGGAAUUGGUUCUGGACUGUCUGCAGUGAUCACUAUCAGUGUACAAGCUCCACCUCAUUUUGAGAUAAAAGCAAGAAAUCAAACUUCUGAGAAGGGACAACCUGCUGUUUUGGAAUGUAUGGCAAAAGGAGAGAAACCUAUUGGAAUUGUAUGGAAUAUGAAUAACAAACGGCUAGAUGCUAAGGAAGAAGAAAGAUAUACAAUACGUGAAGAAAUAUUAACUGAUGGAGUAAAAUCAGACUUGAGCAUUAAGAGAUCUGAACGAAUUGAUACUGCUGUUUUUACAUGUGUUGCUACUAAUUCAUUUGGAAGUGAUGAUUCAAGUGUUCAACUUAUUGUUCAAGAGGUGCCUGAAAUUCCUUUUGGAUUAAAAGUAUUGGAUAAAUCUGGCCGAACUGUUCAAUUGUCUUGGUUAGCCCCAUAUGAUGGAAAUUCACCUAUCACUCGUUAUAUUGUUGAAUAUAAAUUGUUGAAAAACACUUGGGAAACAGACAUUGAAAAAGUUGAAGCUACAGGAGAUAAAACUGAAAUGAGUGUAGUAAGUCUUCAUCCAGCUACUACAUACCACUUUAGAAUAGUUGCAGAAAAUGGAGUAGGUGUUUCUAAACCUUCUGAUCCAGUGACCAUAAUUACAUCAGAAGAAGCACCUGGUGGAAAACCAACUAACAUUCAUGUUGAUCCUAUUGAUGAAAAUACUCUAAAGGUAAUGUGGAAAGCUCCAGAACGUAGUGAUUGGAAUGGUGAAAUUCAAGGAUAUUAUGUUGGAUAUAAACAAUCGUCAUUGGUUGAAAACAAAUUUGUGUUUGAAACUGUUGAAUUCAGUAAAGAAGAAGGAAAAGAACAUUAUUUGGAAAUAUUCAAUCUCAAAACAUAUACUCAAUAUACAAUAGUAGUACAAGCUUUUAACAAAUUAGGCGCUGGACCAAUGUCUGAUGAGAUUAAACAAUACACUUCUGAAGGGGUACCAGAACAACCACCACAUGAUACAACUUGUACAACUUUAACUUCUCAAACUAUUAGAAUUUCUUGGGUAUCACCACCACUAAGUACAGCUAAUGGAGUUAUUAAAGGUUACAAAGUAAUUUAUGGACCUAGCGAUUCUUGGUUUAAUGAAAGUACAAAAGACACAAAAAUUACAGUAUCAAGUGAAACUAUUUUACAUGGUCUUAAGAAGUUUACAAAUUACAGUAUGGAAGUAUUAGCGUUCACUGCAGGUGGAGAUGGUGUUCGUGCUCCUAGAAUAUAUUGCCAAACUGAACAAGAUGUCCCAGAAGCCCCAGCUGCUCUCAAAGCCUUGGUUAUGUCCACAGAAUCAGUCUUAGUUAGUUGGAAACCUCCUGCUGAGCCUAAUGGAGAUGUCAAUCAAUACACUGUUUACAUUAAACCAAGUGGUGAUAAUAAAGAUAAAGAACCGUUAGCACAUAAAGUUGCUCCAAAUCAAAUGAGUUUUGAAGCAUCUGGUCUUAUUAAGCAAGAUCCUUAUGAAUUUUGGGUCACAGCAUCGACUAAUAUUGGUGAAGGACAGCCUACCAAAUCAAUUGUUAUUGCUCCUAGUACUCGAGUUCCUGCUAUGAUCGCAUCUUUUGAUGAUUCAUUUGUUGCUACUUACCGCGAAGAUGUAAAACUUCCAUGUUUAACUGUUGGUGUACCUGCCCCAGAAAUUUCAUGGAAAGUCAAAGGUGCACCCCUUGAGAGCAAUGAUCGUAUUCGUCAGUUACCCGAAGGUUCCCUAUUAAUUAGAUCUGUCACUAGAACUGAUGCUGGAGAAUAUUCCUGCUUUGUGGAAAAUUCAUUUGGAAAAGAUAAAAUCACACAUCGUAUUGUUGUCUUAGCACCACCUCACAAACCAGAAGUAUCAGUUGGAGCAACAACAUCCAAUACAAUAACAUUAAAUUUAAAACCUCAUGCUGCUGAUAAAGAACCUAUUCAUGGGUAUACAAUAAAAUAUAAACCUGAAUUUGGCGAUUGGCAAACCGCUCAAGUAGCUGCAAAAGCUGAUAAAUUUACAUUAGAAAAUUUAUGGUGUGGCUCACGGUAUCAAAUAGCUGUUACUGCAUAUAACUUAAUUGGCACAGGUGAUGAAUCAGAUUUAUUGAAUACAAAAACCACCGGUUCAAAACCUAAAAUUCCAGAAGCAAGUAAAUUUAUUGAAGUAUCAGCAACAAGUGUAACAUUACAUUUAAAUGCUUGGUUGGAUGGUGGUUGUCCUAUGCUAUACUUUGUAGUGGAACAUAAAAAAAAAUUGCAAUCUGAAUGGACUCAAGUUUCAAAUAAUGUUAGACCUGGAGGAAAUUUUGUUGUACUUGAUCUAGAUCCGGCCUCAUGGUAUCAUUUAAGAGUAACUGCUCAUAAUAAUGCUGGAUUUUCUGUUGCUGAAUAUGAAUUUGCAUCAUUGACAUUAAGUGGAGGUACUAUUGCUCCCCCUGCACAAGAUGUCACAUCAAUUUAUACAUACUUGCCAUGGAUACCAAAAUGGAUUGAUUUAAAUGUAGUGGUGCCGACUGCUGCAACAAUUAUAGUCAUUAUUGUUGGUAUAAUUGUAGUUUGUUUUGCUUGGUCUCGUAGAGUUCAUGAAAAUGGACAAACUAGAUUAAGAGACGAUAUGACUGUGUAUAAUCAAUCAAUGAUUAUGGGAGGCAAUACACUUGACAAGAGACACGCAGAUUUCAAUGAUGAACUUGGUUACAUAGCACCUCCUAAUCGUAAACUUCCACCUGUUCCUGGUUCCAAUUACAAUACAUGUGACAGGAUUAAAAGAGGUUUUCCCGGCCCUUACCACGGUCACGGUACAUGGAACCCUAGAGCACGUCAUAUGUAUGAAGAACUAAAUGGUAGUAAUCCUAGGUGUAGGGGGCAUUUGCCCCCAUGUCCAGGGUCCGACGAGACAAUGUACACAAGGUGUAGAGGAAUAGAUGGUGAAGACAUCUGUCCAUAUGCUACAUUCCACUUACUUGGUUUUCGUGAAGAAAUGGAUCCUUCAAAAAUGCCAUUCCAAACAUUCCCACAUCCUAAUGGACAUUGUGGUACAAUUGGUCCUGGUGGCACUAUAGCUAGUAAUGGUCUCAUGCAUCAAUGCCCAGGAACCCAGACUAUGCCUCGAAAUGGACGUUAUUCUCGUGUAGGUGGGGCUAAUUCCAUGUUUUCACCUGAGUAUGAUGAUCCUGCCAAUAUGGGAGAUGAAUAUGGCAGUCAGUAUGGACAAUAUGGAGCUCCUUAUGAACAGUAUGAAAGUCGUGCUUCAAUGGCUGGACGUAGUAUUGGAAGCCCAGAACCACCUCCACCUCCUCCUCGUAAUCAUGAUCCAAAUGUGAGCAGCACAAGUAAUGAAGCUAAUGAUUCCAAAGACAGCAAUCAAAUUUCUGAAGCAGAAUGUGAUCAACAUCAACAACCAGCUACUCAGAACUAUGGUGCGCAUUUAAAAGGCAAUACCAAGGAUGGUAUGACCACAGAAGAACUUCGAAAACUCAUAGAAAGGAAACCAAACGAAGCCCCAGCAGGACAACAACGCCUCCAAAGCGGAGGGCUCACAACCUACGAUACUGUGGCAGUGUAACCUCUAGUCAGCCUACAACCAAAACAUUAAUGUUUAAAAUUAUCCCCAAAAAUAAAAAUCCUUUUCCAAAAAUAUUUGUACUGCACUUUUAACUAUAUUAGGUUUUUAACAAAUUUACUUAUGCACAUAAUGCAAGUAAAACAAUAUUAGACUCUGAGAACAAUGUCCCAAUUAUGAGUGUUUUAUACAAUAAGAAUUCUAAGUGUUGUGUCUUUUUUUCGCUUUAGUGGUUUAGAUGUUUAAAAUAAUGUCCUAUUUUAAAAUUUAAUUAUAUGUAAAGAUCUGUGAAUAUUAGGUUUAUUUUAUAUAUUUUAGUAAACAUUUUUAGCUUUAUGUCCAUUAAUUUACCAAAAAAAAAAAUAAUAAUAAUAAAUAAAUAACAUUAUUAAGAAUUUUAUAAUUCUAUUAAUAAUAUUCCGAUAAUAAACAUAUUUUUUGAGUUCCUUUUACGCAAGUACAAAAGUAUUGAUGCGCCAUUUAUGAUGUUUCAGACAAAUAUUAGGUAUUGAGUUAUAAACUACAGUAUAAUCAAUUUAUUUUAUUUUAUGUAGUUGAGAUGUAUGUUUUUUUUAAAUAUAUUCAAAUAUAAUAUAAUAUAAUUAUUAUUUCUAUGAUUCAGAAUCACGUAAAUUCUCUCUUCACUUUUUCUAUGUUUAUAAUAUAUUUUUUUUAAAUUGAUUUUCAUACUAGAAAAAUAGUUAUUAGUGCCUAGUUCAAAAUUAUGUGGCUCUAAACUUCCUUUAUGCGCUUCCACUUUAUCUAAAUUCAAAACCACUAAGCGUGAGAUUAUUUCAAAAUUGUACCUACUUCUCUGUAUUCUUUGAACUAUCUAAUUUUUAAACAUUUAUUAUUGAGAAACUAAUGUUAAUUCACUAACAUUAAAACAAUAGUUAUUUUUAAUUUUGUUAAUACUUUAUUUUAACGGUGCAUACAAUAGUAUAGUUUUGUAAACAUAUUUCUUUAUAAACUUAUAAUUACCAAUUUAUAUUUACUUUAAGUAACCUGAUAUUUUAUUAAUUUUACUUCAGCUUUGUGUCAUUGUUUUAUUUUUAUAAUUUAAGUUUGAUAUUUACGUUGAGUGUUUUGUUCAUAAAACAUAUGUAAUCAUAAUAUUAUUAUAUUGUGUCAGAUAAAAUGACUUGUGUAGCUUUCUGAUAUUUAAAUAAGUAGUUCAGAAACAUACAUAAGAAAUCUUAUUUCUAUAAUUUGUAGAAUAUUGGUAUAAAUUAUUUGAAUAUUUUUGAAACCCUUAAAAAGUUAAAUAAUAUGCAGAAUACUAAUGUAUCAUUAUUAUUUUUUGUUUUUUUACCAAAUAUUGCUCAAAUUUUUUUUUUUUACUUCAUUCAAAAUAACUUUAUCAAUAAAUCCAAUAAUUAAAUCCUUUUUACACACAGUUAAUUUUUCCUAAUAAUUUAAAAUUAUAAUCUUAUCUUUACACUUUAUAAAAUUAUUAUAAAUUACUAAAAAUGACAAAUUAAAAUAAAACCUAGUGCCAAAAUUUGCUUUUUG